CACGAGACCAGAAGCCGCAAUCGAUCCGUCUCCUUCUUGGCGAACAUAAGGAAAAGUCAGGAGCAGGGUCUUUGUCUCAGCCUCUGCCAUCGAUCUCUGGCGGCAACAACUCAUCGAUUGGCCUCACCCUCCCGUCAUCUCCUUCGCACGAGCAUCGCGUGAAACAUCGAGCGAUUUCCUUCUUCUCGCGAAAGCUGCAGCAGAGGCGUCAAAUUGAUCCAGCACGAGCUUUCCCCCCAGCGAACGGCGACCCCUCAUCACCGAUCUCCGGCGGCUUCACCUCAAGUCCUGGUGACGAAACAGCAACGGCGGCCAGAACUUCACCUCAACCUGCGAAAGAGACAGCGACGCCGACGGGUCUGGCGGCAUCUUUUCUCUCCAACAAGCAGCACCAUCAAUUCGGCAACAAAAUAAUAACAAUGGCCAAUUCAGCUAUUCAUCACAAUCGUCUAUAUUGACAUUCUACGGAGCUUCUCAUUAUGCUCUGUUCUUCUGUAUUAUCUUAUGCCUGCUCAAUGAAGGAGAAUAGAAGAAGAGGUUAUACAAUUAAAAGUAAAUGUGUUUACCUUAAAUUUUUUUCUCUGCUCAAUAUCAAUUUACCUUAAAUUUUUUUCUCUGCGUUCAUAACUUACGGAUGGUGGGUUAUAUUUAUAGAGUUGGAAUGUCCUAGUUCGAAUCAGAUCUGCUGGAUAAAAAAAAGGAGUCCUAAAGUACGUAGAAGUAACAUGAGCCUAGAAUUGUACUUAUGAUGAUGAGAAUGUUUUAUCUGACUCAAAUUGGAAUAGAGAAACGCGGCAUCCAGGCAAAGUUAAAGUCCUCAUAGAAUCAGAAUACUGAAUUCUUGGUACUCCGCAUUUGACUCACGUUUGAAGACAUAUGGAAGGAAUUUUGCAAUUAUUUCUACCGUAUUGGAUUAUUUGGGCCUAGUUGGGUGAAAGUGUGAAUUUUAGAUUAAUUUGGGCCAAUCAUCUUCUAAGAAGAUUACCUUCUUUCGAGCAUUCAACCAUAUUUUGGUGCACUCUGAAUAUUAGUUCAGAAUCAGGAAUUGUUUAAGCCAGAUAAUGCAUAUACCGUUUUGGAGACUUACUUUUCACCGGCACAAGACGUUCAAGUAAAUCUCGA